CCCGUAGCCAAUCCUUUUCUCCCCGCAAUUUUCACGGGCUCCAAUCAUAACCUCCUUUUAUUCCGAAUCUAGGCACAAGCUAACCUCCAUUCCAUUCCACUUCUCUUCUUCCUACAUUGUCAUCAUCCAGAAUAUGCGACUUAUAAGCUAGCGAAAUGAGUAUUUUCCUAGACUUUGACGGCACAAUCACAGCCAAAGACACCGUAGGCGAAUUGGCCAACUUCGCUCUCCAAGUCAGAGCAUCCGAAGGCGCGGACUUAAAACAAGAAUGGGAUAACGUAGUCCGCGCAUAUAUCGCCGAUUACAGCGCCCACGUCGACGGGUACCAUACCGGACCCGAGGGACGCAGUUUACCCGAGCAUGAAGUAGAGUUCUUGCGGGAGGCUAAGGAUGUAGAGACGCGGUCUCUUGGGAGGGUGAACGAUUCUUGUUUAUUUCGUGGGAUUAGUGGGGAUAAGUUCCGUGAGGCGGGGAGGGAGUUGGUGAGGAAGGGGGUUGUGAAGCUUAGACCGGGGUUUGAGGCGUUUGUGAAGGAGAGGAUAGAGCAGGGGUGGAGGGUUGUAGUUGUUUCGGUGAAUUGGAGUGCUGCGUUUAUUGAAGGUGCGAUUGGGGAGGUGGAAGGUGUGAGGGUUGUCGCGAAUGAAGUGCGCGAAGGUGACGGAGUGGUUGUUGGGCCGCUGGUGUUGAAUAGGGGAGGUGUGAGGGAACAAAGGAAUAUGACGAACUCACAGGAUAAGUUGGAUGUUGUGCAGGCAGUGCUCGAGGAUGAAGGGCUUGAGGGGAGACCCGCGAUUUAUUUUGGCGAUUCAACGACAGAUUUGGAAUGUCUACUUGCUGCAGAUACGGGAUUCGUUAUGUCUGAUAAGGAGGACUCAUCGUUGUUGCAGACACUAAGGAGGAUAGGUAAGGAGGUGCCGCAUGUGCGGGAUCGGAAUGCAUCGAGCAGACUUGCAUGGACUUCGAAUUACGAGGACAUACCGAAUGAAAGGUUUAUUUUAAAUUAACAGCAUCAAGAAAAAGGAAUACUGCGGAUUGAAAAUAUUAAUUUGAUCAUAAGGGAAGGAAAAAAAGACCAAAAAAAGCUCAGUA